AUGAAUUUGUAUAAAUUUUCAGUUUAUUCAUUACUGACAAAUUUGCAUUCAAUCACUUUAGUUGUCAUAUUUUGUACAUUUUUACUACCAACUAAUGAGAUUGGUUUUCGUGGUCCAGUUGAUAGUAAUAUUUUUGCUGAAAUUGAAGGUGAUGCACCAAAUUCAUCAAUAUGUCGACGUAUGUUUAGUAAUUUUACAGAACCAGAAAUUCGUUGUUUAAUUGCUAAACAUUUUCCUGGGUGUCAAUUUGAUUCAGGAUUUUUUCAAUAUUUAGUAUUUCAAUAUUGUAAUUUUGAUGAACGUAUAGCUCCAACAGUAUUUAUGAUAUUUUGGCUUAUUGUAUUAUUGGGGGCAUUUGCAACAAUAUCUGACUCAUUCUUUAGUACCUCUCUUAUUGCUUUGGCUCGAAGUUUACGGAUGAGUCAAAAUUUAGCGGGAGUUACACUUUUAGCAUUUGGCAACGGGGCUCCAGAUGUUUUUAGUGCAGUCACAGCCAUUACAACUGGGGAUCCUGACGCACCAGAUGAAGGACUUGGAUUAGGGUUUUUAUUAGGAUCUGGUCUUCUGGUAAAUACGGUUACAGCUGGAUUGGUCAUCUUUUUAAAGCCAUUUAAAAUCAGUCGUAGACCAUUUUUAAAAGAUACCAUAUUUUAUAUGAUUGCUGUCAGUUGGGCUGCAUCAAUUUUGAUCCGUCGGAAAAUUUAUUUCGCAGAUGCUAUUGGAUUUUUAGUAUUUUACUUAAUCUAUGUAUUAACUACAUGGGUUAGUAGUACUUACAUGCAUCGUCAAAGAAGAAAUGGAACACAUAGUAUCAUUCCAUUGUUUUUACAAAAUAUUCUUUCAAAGCCAUUAAACACAUUAAGUCGUAAACGACAAAAUUUAUUACAAACAUGUCAACGCAUUUGUCCUCAAUUUAUGUUUUUGACAAGAAUCCGAAAGAAAAUAAAUUUUUUCCAGUUUAAAAAAUCUAAAUCAUUGCAAAAUCAUGUAAUUAUUGAAGAUGGAAUGAAAAAUCUGCAUUCAAGUGUUGUUUCCGAGAAAGUUUUACCUGAAAAGACAAUUUUAUCAGCAGUUGCUAAAGUAAAUGGAAAUGUUGAAUUGAGAGAUCGAGAAAAAGUUACAAUUCCUAAUAUUCACGUCAGUGAUAAACGAAUAAAUAGUCGACAAAUAAAUGCACCGAAAAUUGAAAUCACUUCGCCACAAGAUAUCGACGAGCUCAAUUCCCAUCUGGAUCAUUCAUCUUAUCUACAUGGAGAUGAAAGUCCACGUUUGUCAUCUGAUUCACACGAUUUUAAAAAUUAUUUAAAUCCACCUGAUGGUGCUAAAAAACGAGCAUCUUCAUUAAUUUCAACUGAACCAAUGUCAAGCGAUAGACGUUUAUCAACUGAAAAUUCUGGUUUAAGUCGUGGACGUUGUCGCAGAGCACAAUCAGUAUUUAGAAGAAGACCUAGUUCUAGAAUGAGUACAUCAGGGUACGAGUUAUCUUAUAUGGUACGAUGGAUUAUAGCAAAUCGGGAAUUAAAGGAGAAAUCCAUGGGUUCACGAGAUGGAGAAACACGAAGAUCACAGAAAUCUUCACCAUAUGAUCCUGAAGAACAAACUAAUGAGAAUGUAACUUCUGGGAAUAAUUUAUUUGGUCGUAAAGGAUCAAAUCACACAGUGAAUCUAACAAAUACACCAGGUUAUAUGCAAUCACCGACAUUAUCUGCCUAUUCAAUUGAAGAGGAAACACUGCCCAAAUCAUCUCUUUCACUAAAAAAGAUAAAACUAAAUGUUCUACCAUCUGACUUGGAAACAGGUAAACAACAAAUGCCAGGUGUUGGUGAAAACGACAUCAAAUUUUCGAGUACCUUACCAAAGUUUAAUCCUCAAGAAGGAAGUCUCAAAGAACAUGAAAAUGAAAAGGAGACGACAGUCAGAAGAGAAGAAGUAGGGGAGAACGAUGAAGAAGAUGAAGAGGUAGAGGAAAUAUCUUGGUUAGAAAAAUGGGCUAUGAAAGGUGUAUGGCAUCAUUUUGCUUAUUAUAUGAUACCAAUCGAUGUAGAAUCAUGGCCUCAACAAUCAGUAUUUAGUCGAUUCUUACAGAUUUUACAGACACCAAUAUUUCUGGUCUUUCGAUUAACAAUACCAACUGUAAUAGAAGAACUGGCAGACGAUACAGAAACGAAGAGUUCUGCUCAAAAAUCAAAUAUUGAACAGAAAAUUAAUGAACCAUCUAGAGAAAUAAGUACAAUUCCGGAAGAAAAUAAAUUUACUUUGAAUUCUAGCCAACCUGAAUUAAAUCAUAAUAAUAACUUUGUUCCAGAGAACACUGAUCAUGAACCUGUUGCAGUGAAUUUAGAGUUAAUGCACGGAUGGUGUAAACCAUUAAACGUUUUUCAAUGUCUAUUAGUACCAGCUUUAUGGCCUAUGUUAUUGACAGCUAAUGGCAAAUGCAUUGGAUUAUCACCGAUUGGAGAAACUCCGAUACCAAUAUUUUGUCCAUUUCUAGCUAGUGGAUUCAUUAUUGCACUGACGGUGUUUUUCACCUCAAAAUGGAAUCAACCACCUCGGCAUUAUCACAGACCAUUUUUUGCUACACUUGGCUUUAUCACAUCAAUUAUAUGGAUAUAUGCAUUAGCUCAUGAAUUAGUGAAUUCAUUAGAAACUUUAGGUAUAGUAUGGGAAAUCAGUGAAGCUAUUCUAGGACUUAGUGUUAUGGCAUUGGCUAGUUCAAUCGGAGACAUAAUGUCGAAUUGUUUAUUGGCUCGAAAUGGCUACCCUAGAAUUGCAUAUGCAGCUUGUCUAGGUUCACCAUUGUUUAAUUUGCUACUUGGUGCUGGUCUUUCAUAUACUGUCAAAAUUGGCAGAGCUGAAGUUGGAUAUGCAUAUUUAUCAUUUACACUUACUCAAGCUUUACUAUUCUCUUCUCUGCUAGCAGUACUCACAUUAAAUAUAUUAACAGCUUUAAUAGGAAGAUUUCAGUUUUAUCGUUAUUAUGGUAUUGUUUUAAUAAUUAUCUACUUAGUAUUUGUAACAAUUGCUAUUCUCAUUGAAGUUGAUGUAAUUGUCUCACCAGUUAAUUGGAAUUUGGCUACUGGAACAGAAUAAAUAUUAUUAUUAUUAUUCCGAUUAUUAAUACUAAUAAUAAAAUAAUUCUAAUAAGUAUCACUGUUAAAGAUACAAAAAUCACGAUAUAUAUAUAUAUAUAUAUAUAU